GACCCCACUCUCCUCUCUCUCUUGCAAAAUGGCGGCGACAGCUCCUGCUCCGGCUCCUCCCGCAGCCGCCCCGGCGCAGAGCCCGACGGCGGCGCCCGCCACACCGGCGGGAAACGCUGCCCCCGCCGCCGCGCCGCCCCCGCCCGCCGCCCCGGCACCGCCGCCGCCGCAGCAGCCGGCCGCGCCGCUGUCGGCCGCGCUCUCGGGCCCCUUUCCCGGCGGCCGCGUGGUGCGGCUGCACCCGGUCGUGCUCGCCUCCAUCGUGGACAGCUUCGAGCGGCGCAACGAGGGAGCGGCGCGGGUCAUCGGGACGCUGCUGGGGACCGUGGACAAGCACUCGGUGGAGGUCACCAACUGCUUCUCCGUCCCUCACAACGAGUCCGAGGAUGAGGUGGCAGUCGAUAUGGAAUUUGCCAAAAACAUGUAUGAGUUGCACAAGAAGGUGUCUCCUAGUGAGAUCAUCCUGGGCUGGUAUGCAACAGGUCACGACAUCACGGAACACUCUGUCCUGAUCCACGAGUAUUACAGCCGGGAAGCGCACAAUCCAAUCCACCUCACUGUGGACACAAGUCUCCAGAACUCACGCAUGAGCAUUAAAGCCUACGUCAGUGCCCCAAUGGGAGUCCCUGGUAAAACUAUGGGUGUGAUGUUCACACCUUUAACAGUGAAAUAUGUUUAUUAUGAUACAGAGCGGAUAGGAGUGGAUCUUAUCAUGAAGACUUGUUUUAGCCCCAAUCGAGUGAUUGGUCUGUCCAGUGACUUACAGCAGGUGGGGUCAGCGUCGGCCAGGAUUCAGGAUACCCUGACCAUGGUGCUGCAGUAUGCAGAGGAUGUAUUGUCUGGCAAAGUGGCUGCUGACAACACCGUCGGGCGUUUCCUGAUGGAUCUUAUUAACCAGGUGCCGAAGAUUUCACCAGAGGACUUUGAGACAAUGCUGAACAGCAAUAUCAAUGACCUACUGAUGGUAACCUACUUGGCAAACCUCACACAGUCACAGAUUGCUCUCAACGAAAAACUUCUGAGUUUAUAAAGAAACUUCUGCCACCCUAUACUUCAAAGAGCCUGAAGAAUGAGCAGAUAGAUACACUUUUCUAUCAAUUUCUGUGUUGUUACAAAUUUCCUUGGACCAUAAUUUAAUCACCCAGAUGACGUGGUUUACAACUUUAUUUCCAUUGCCCUGAAAAAUCCCUAACAUGGUUUAGGAAAUGAAUGGUAAUGGCUGCAAUUUAGUUGAGCCCAGUAUUUUAAAACAGAAUGCCUGAAUCUUUUUGUCUCCUGGGUUUAUCUACUUGUAUAACAAAAUACAGCUUUAUUGUAAGAAUGUAUUUGAAAUAAAAGUUCCAUUGCAGUGGCAAGAAUGGCUUCUGUCCAGAAAAAACUGUUCUCAUUUAUUGUAUAAUGGAUCCACUUUUGAAAGGAAGGGGGGAUAACAUGGCAUCAGGAAAGAAUACUGAGGUGGAAGCAAGUCAAUUCCAGUUCCGCAGACUGUUGCAGGGUUUCUUUCCAACUAUUAAAGUACACUGAGAGCAUG